UCUCCUAAAUAAACAUUUCCAUUGACCAUUGACCAACAUUAACAGGUUGAAUUAGAGUGGCCCUCUCUUCCUGUUCUUCCAUCAUAUGGCAGAGGAAGGGAUGCACCUGCUGGAAGGUUCAGUAGUCUCAUUUUUGGAACACACCUCACUGAUGUUGUUAUUACUGGUCACAAUGGUACUACUGGUGGGACAAGUUCCACAAGGGACAAUUAAAACUCACCAGGCCUUACAUGAUUGAGAUUAUGUACUCUAAUCAAAUUCAAAUCGCAAAUCUUACUUUGGUCAAUUCCCCAUCUUGGUUUGUCCAUCCAAUUUACAGCAGUGACAUUAUAAUUCAAGGGCUGACCAUUCUUGCACCAGUUGACUCUCCCAACACAGAUGGAAUUGAUCCUGAUUCUUGUUCCAACACUAGGAUUGAAGAUUGCUAUAUUGUAUCUGGUGAUGAUUGCAUUGCAGUGAAAAGUGGUUGGGAUGAGUAUGGAAUCAAAGUUGGGAUGCCAAGCCAACACAUAAUAAUCAGAAGACUUACAUGCAUAUCCCCUGAUAGUGCUAUGAUUGCUUUAGGAAGUGAAAUGUCUGGUGGAAUACAAGACAUUAGAGCAGAAGACCUCACUGCUAUCCACACUCAAUCAGCAGUUAGAAUCAAAACUGCAGUUGGUAGAGGAGCAUAUGUGAAGAAUAUUUUUGUCAAAGGAAUGAACUUGUUCACCAUGAAAUAUGUGUUUUGGAUGACAGGUUCUUAUGGAUCACACCCUGACCCUGGCUUUGACCCAAAAGCACGACCUACCAUCACAGGAAUCAAUUAUAGAGAUGUGAUUGCAAAGAAUGUCACAUAUUCUGCAAAGCUUGAAGGAAUUGCUAAUGAUCCUUUCACUGGAAUUUGCAUUUCUAAUGCGAAUAUUGAGAAAGUGGGAAAGAAAUUGCAAUGGAAUUGCACUGAUGUUCACGGUGUUACAAGCAAUGUGUCUCCUGAACCUUGUGCAUUGCUGCAAGAGAAGCCUGGGAAAUUUGACUGUCCUUUUCCAGCAGACAAACUUCCCAUUGAAAGUGUUCAGCUGAAGACUUGUUCCUUUAAAAGUUUGUCACUAUUUUGAGAGAAUGAAUGUAUUUUAAAUUUUGAAUGUAAUACAGUAA